UGAUGACAAGCAACCUGGAGACCCUUUGUAUUUAAGGUGGAGAUGCAAGACACAGUGUCGAUGUGCCAAAACGCGGAUGUCCUUAUCUUGAUUGAUCCUCGGACGCGCAAUCCCCCACCAGAUUUGUGGGCCGUUGUUGGAUGUCAUUAUCUUGGUUGUUCCGGAAUGCCGGAAUCAGAUCUUGGAAGUCACUCAGGAAGUUGCAAACUUGCCUUAUAAUACGAUGCCGACCUGCCGAGGACGAAGCAAAGGGAUGAAAGCCAAGGUAGCUGACGAAGCAUCGCUUGUUUCUUCAUCUAUUCAUAUCGUAUCGACACAGCAGUUUGUCCUGCAAUAUGGUUUCCAAGCGAUUCUGCAAUGAUACAAUGCAGAAUUGAGCAAGAUACUGGCAUGCCUUGUUCCGGUGAUACUAGAAUUGACCUCGAAACGGGGAAAGAGUCUAUUUCAGUCGACCGUCUCUCGCGGCGACAUAAUCGUCCCGCCACCUGCACGACUUUCAUCCGCGACAAGACUGGCGUUUUUCACCCUUGUGCUCAAUCGCGCAUUCGAAAUAUCCCUCCACUUGCUAUCGGCUUUCUGGAUCUGGCCAACUCAGGCGACUUUGCCGCCAAUGUCUUCAAUCAAGUGCCGGUUCCCGCAUACGCCGUUGCUCUCAUGGCUAUUGGAGCCACGGUCGCACUCGUCAUGUCCUUUGUCGCCUUCUGGGAUGCUAAGCGCAGCUGCAGUAACAUCAAACUGCUCCGGAAAGAGAGAAAAAUGCUGGAAAAAUCGUCCGGUGACCAUAGGGUGAAACUAGACAUCAACCAUCGCGACUUGGGUACCGAGAUCUUUGACCGUGCGGGAGUUGAAAUCGCAAUGGGCGCUGGAGCAUUCCUCAUCUCCAUUGGAACAUACAUGGCUAUUGGAGGUGCCAAUCGAGCCGUCUGGUUCGCCAGUAAUCUGCUGUCUGGCUACGUUGGCAAUGCUCUGCCUGCGUUGUAUGGUGUUUUAAACGCUGGAUGGUCUGUCUAUGUCUGGACUCGUGCCCAAACACAAGCUAAAGCUGCACGAAGUCACCUUGAUGACGGUGUUGUAAAGACAGUAUUUCUGCGCAGAGUCAAGACAGUACAGGAGCAUGCUAUACUCAGUGUGGUCAGCGAGUGAUAAUGAGCUAAUAAUUGGUCUCGUCUCGAUCGCUCGGCAGAAAUUACCCUCUCGCUCGCUCACGCUCGUGAUAAUCGUGAUCAAUUAUGAUCGCUCAUUUACUGCUAAGAGCCCGCUAGACUAACCGUAUAUAGAAGAUCUGCGCAUCUUAUCUGAUUCUGUAGGUGCGACCCUGCCAACCCUGAACAUCUUAAGGUUCGCUGAGGGUGUAACCCUGCCCUCAGAUUAUCAUAAUACACUUAUGAUAAUUAUAAGGUGUUGUAGCGAUCACUCGAUAGAAAUUAAGGC